AUGCCGUUGUCUCCCCCUGCCUGUGUCUGUGUCUGUGCCUCUGCUGCUGUCUGUGCCUCUGCUUCUACCGUUUCCCCUCCCUCUUCCUCCGCUGCCAAGGCCUGCUCGGAGCUGAUCUCGCCCGCUUCCAGAGCGUCGGACGUGGUAGGGAGAGCCGGCGUCGAUAGGCCGGCGUGA